AUGGCAUCGGCAGUGGCGGAUCUGGAGGUUGGACUCCAGGCCAUGCUGAACUUGAAGCCACCAGGAGUCUCUGGAUCUCGUAUCACUAGCCUAACAUCUCUCUGCGUCGCCAACAUCCAGAGCGAAUCCGUUCUCAUACAAAAAAUCUACACACACUUCAAGAAGGCGCCUGGGACGCACAAGUUGGGGGUUCUCUACGUCGUAGACUCUGUAACCCGAAAAUGGCUCGAGCAAGCCAAGGUCCAAGGACAGCCAGUAAACAGCUCUGCGCAAGACGGCACGUAUGCCGCCGGAGUUCAUCGAGUAACAGAACUCAUGCCCGUGUUGAUGAAUGACAUCAUUCAUUCCACUCCGGAUGAUCAAAAGGAAAAGAUCAAGAAGCUCAUAGACAUUUGGGAAAAGGGCCAGACCUUUCCCACCCAAAUGCUGGAGUCCUUCAAGGAGAAGCUGGUUGCUCAACCGCCGCAAAUCUGGCCUUUGCGAGGCAACGAACACCCCUCCCCCGGCCCCCUCUCCUCUCUCGCCCCUGAACCCUGCGGGAUUUGGGCUAACCUGUCGGUUUUUCUUGGCUCAGAAACUUCGACGACUCCUCCGGGCAGUCCGCCCCCUGGCAUAGUGGCAGCUGCCACGCAGAACGGCGCGCCUGUGUCGUCAGCGCCGGCGACGGCCAAUGGCUCUUCCAUUCUGGAGGCGCUCGCCAACAUUGCCCGCCAGAACACGUCUGCGCCGCCGAGCAAUGCAGCGUUGCCGGCUGCGUUGCCAUCGUACAGCCUGCCUCCUUCUGCAAGCGUACCCCAGGCGGUAGCGUCGCCUCAUCCGCAGCUUCAACAGCAGCCGCCGGCGGGACACCAUUCGUACCCUCCCGCCUCGGCCCCUCCAUCGUACCCUCUGCCGGUUUCUUCCCAGCCGCCGGCGAUGCCGCCGGCGAGCAACCUGUACGCCGGCGGCCCUUCGGCCAUGCCGGGCGCCCCCGGAGCCGGCGGGCUCGAUGCGACGACUCAGCAGCAAAUUAUGCUCAUCAAGGCCCUCGCAGAUCAGGGUGUUCCCUUUGACAAGAUUCCUGCCCUGAUACAGACCAUGCUCGGCGGCUCGAACGCCGCCGGCGGCCAACCAUCGUACCAAGCCCCCUUCCCAGCCGCCCAAGGUUCUUACUCGGCCACGCCGCCGCAGCCGUGGAUGGUGCAGGGUGCGGGAUCGGACAACGCUCGCGACCGUGGCUAUCAGGACUCGACCAGAUCGCCCGCUAAUUUCGGACGUUCCCGCUCCAGGUCGCCGGAUCGUGGUUGGGGUGGCCGCGACUCCCCGCGCAACGGCCGUGACAGGGGAGACUACGGGCAUGGCGACGACGGUGACCGCAACGCUCGACGCGGCAACGAGUACCGCCAGCGAAGCCCUCAGGGUCGGCACGGGCGCAGCGCGUCCCCCGGCGAGCUUCCCGCCGUCGAUCGGUUGAUUGAGUUUGAUUCUACGCUGCCUCCCGGUUGCAUCCGAGUGUUUAGCCGAACCCUCUUCGUCGGAGGCGUAACUUGCACCGAAGGCGAACUUCGACGCAUCUUUAGCCGAUUCGGCACGGUGCAGACGUGCAUCGUGAACAAGGAAAAGAGACAUGCGUUUGUCAAGAUGCUGACGCGCAAGGAGGCGGUGCUCGCCAAAGAAACGACCGAGGACAGCCGGAACAUUGAGCUGCCUCUACGGACUCGGUGGGGUGUGGGAUUCGGCCCCAGAGAUUGCAGCGACUACUCUUCGGGCGUCAGCGUCAUCCCCAUCAGCAAGCUCACGGAGGCGGACCGCAAGUGGAUGCUGAGCGCUCCGUACGGCGGAAGCGGCGGUCGACCGAUCGAGGCGGGCAUGUGCGUCGAGGAGCCCGACAUCGAGAUCGGCGCGGGCGUGUCGUCCAAGGCCAUCAGUCGUCGGAUGCAGACGGACAAGGGUGGCAGCAACGGACCGAAGUCGACGCGGCACCGCGACGAAGAGGCCGGCCGAAGGGGUCGCCGCGGGCGCGACGGAGGUGGCAACCAGCAGCGACGGGGCGAGCACGGCGACAACGGCGCAGGCGGUCAGCAUCAACAACAGCAGCCGCUGGCCGUCGGCAUGAAUCCCUUUGGCGGCAUGGGCAACCUCCCGAGCGGCAUGCCGACGUUCCCGGCGGGCUACUCGUACCCGAACUCGGGAGCGUGA